AUGAACACUCAACUGCAGUUGUUGAUACUAGUUCUUGCAAUAGCGGUGGUGAUUUUGAAUAUCGCUCUAGCAAACAUCGAUGUGAUGUAUGAACGUAUCGAACAGAUCAGUGGAUCAGAUUUAAUAGAUUUCAGCCAAAUACGCGUACGCAAAUUCAACCGGACACAUGCUGUUCUAGAUGGUACAAUCAAUCUUCUACAGCAGCUCGACGAUAGCCUCGAGGUAGGUGUCAGAGCAGCGUACAGUACUUUGGGAAACAAUCAGUUUGUUCAGUACCCAAUGAAGCUUGCCUCACAAAAGGUAUGUGAAUUCUGCAACACAACUUGGAGAGAUUACCAGCCAUACUACCAGAACAGUACCAACUUACCCAAGAUUGGAGAAUGCCCGAUAACACCGAAACAGUUCUACAUACGGAACCAUAUAAUGAAUUCCGAAGAGUUCACCCCGUUUCUGCCAAGAGGAUUGUGGCGUUUUCGCUGUUCUAUUAUUAAGGCCGGCGCCGAAAAUAAUUUGGCGAUAAUUGAUUUCUACAUCAAGAUCGUGGAUAAGGGUAUAUUCUAA